CGUGUCUUUCUCAGUUGAACCGCGGAAGCCACUUGCGCCGGACAUCGCUUAGCUCGCAGCUAUCCCUUCACCUGCAGAUUUUGGUCGUCCUACAUCUGCAAUCAAACUCAGUGCCGGCGAUAUGUAUUAGAUAACAGUUGAGACACGGUACGAGUUUUCCCGUGCGAGGUUACAGAUAAUCGGAAUUGAAUUUAACCGUAGAAAGGACCAAGUUACAAGAUCGAGAGGUUCGAGAAGGGCAAGAAACAAGUGUCCUGUGCGGGUUUACAUAUCGACUCGAGUUAUAAUACGGAGUGAAGAGGUCGGUUAGGCCUGCAGUGUCUUGGUAAAAUUAUUCUGUAACGUGCAUUGAUCGUGUAUAGUGUAAAUCUGUUCAGAAGAAUAAGAAAGGACAACUUGAGUCGGUCCUGCAUUUCGAAAGAUAAAAUGCUCAGGCUCGCGUUGCUCGCUUGUCUAACGACGACGUUUGUCGUCGCACACGCGCCGUUCUCAGUGAUCUUCCAAUGGAAGACCAUAAGUUACAACUGGCCGCCGGAAUACUCCGAAAAGGACGCUCGUUACCACUACAUACCGGAGAACAACCCAAUCGCUGGUAUUAAGUUGUGGAAGGAUAACAUGUACCUGACGAUACCUCGGUGGAAGAGCGGGGUUCCAGUCACCCUUGCAAGGACACCGUCAACUCCGGUGAAGGACGAGAGAGGCUUGAACAUCACCAAGCCGAAGCUGGACGCUUAUCCGAGCUGGGACAUGCAGUUGGCGGGCGAUUGCAACGCGUUCCAAUCAGUGCAGAGCAUGGAGAUCGACCCUCAGGGUAGAAUGUGGGUCCUGGACACGGGAAGAACCGAGACGAUGGGCGAACAUCCGACUGCCAAGUGUCCGCCACGUCUGGUUAUAUUGGACCUGGAUAACGGAGGUGCGGUUUUGAAGGAAUUCAAAUUCCCCGACGAUGUCGCUCGCCACAACUCUUCCUACUUAAACGACAUCGUUCUCGACCAUCAGAACGGCGGCUACGCCUACAUAUCGGACAGCGGACUCGAACCCGCGAUCAUAGUUUACUCCCUGAAGGACGACAAGGCUCGGAAGGUCACCCACGAUACCAUGAAGGCUCAACCCGAUGCGGUGAGGUUUGUGGUCGCAGGCACAAACGUCAUCCAGUCCGUCAACGUCGACGGCAUCGCUCUUUCGCCCCCGGGACCAAACAGGACGCUUUACUACUCGCCGCUGUCUUCGUUCAAUCUCUACUCCAUUCCCGUCGAGGUCUUGCAAAACAGCUCGAUAAUCGACGUUCAAAAUUACGUCGUAGAUCUGGGCAACAAAAUUUCACAGAGCGACGGUAUGGUCAUGUCAAACACCGGUGUUCUUUACUACGGUCUUUUGGCCGACGACGCCAUCGCUAUGUGGAACACUUCGACAAGUCAGCCCUUCGCUACCGGACGGAGAACCAUCUCCAGGGAUCACCUUCUCACCCAGUGGCCCGACACUUUCGGUUUCGACGAAAAGGCUCGACUUUGGUGCGUCGUCAACAGUCUUCAGAACUUUUUGAACGAUAAGGUCGAUGUAACUCAGUAUAACUACAGAAUCAUAUCCAGUAACGCUAUGCAGAGGAGUUAUCAGUACUUACCCAACAACACGGCUCCGGAACUUCCAGUUAUCACUGCCGCUGCUGGUCAAAUUCGAAUCGCGAUGUCCACCGUAUUUACCAUCCUUCUCGUCUUUCUAGCGUGUUAAUUUUUUCCGUUAAACAAUUCCGUGCGACGAAAAAACACCGUGGACGUUAAUAUUCCUACUCAACUAUAAUAUCGUAUUACGUAUAUGUAUGUUAUAUUAUAUAUAUUGUACAUGUUAUACAUUAAUUAUACCUAGUAUACUAAAAUUAUACGACACCGUUGAACCUCCGUCAGAAAAUUAUACUUACAAAAUGCUCGUUCGCAAAUAUAAACGGGUAUUAAAAAGCACGAAUCCAGUAUCGUCUCACUUACGAUUUGCCCGACUUUGUACCAAUAAUUGGUACACCGUCACAAAGUAUUUUGACAGCUCCUAGUUGAUCAAAUUGGGAUGACAUGGAGUUGGAAAUAUUAUAAUUUAGAGUUCUUUUCCGAUAUGGCGAAGCCCGAUAGUCGUUCACUCGCACUCUCUAGCUGCGACCUGCAGUUAUAAUUGUAGUAUUUUAUACAAAUUAUCGAUAUCGAAAAUUGUGUUGUGAAACUGUCAUGUAAGUGCUUUACCUAAAAGUCAGUUUUCCAGUAUUAGUUACCGAUUGGAUGCGGAUUCAGCUGUCACGAUCAAUUCCAAUCUAUCAGAGCGUGCAUCUAUGUUACAUUCCGUCGAUAUGCUGCGCUCACGUAUUACUCCAUUUGUUUCCACAUAUAUUUAGGAUAACCCGCUAGUUGUACACGUAUGCUACCAUGUGCGGAAACCUCGUUAUAACUACCUGUUGCUUUAUGUAACUACGCUACGUAGGAUAAUAGUUCGCAGGAAAAACGAAUAAUAUUAUACUAUAAUAUGUUAGUAAAAGUAUAAGAAAAAGUCUGUCACAUAUACAUGUAUCUUAUCUUAAAUAUGUUGGGUAGUUCGAUUGGAAAACUUGUCGUAUACGGCCAAACAUCCUCUCUAUAGGAUGUCUCUUGAACCCAAUUUUAAAAGCUCAUUUCGAAAAUUUCUCCACAAAAUGCUUCCAGUAUCAACGUCGUAUCGUUAAAUGCGGCUAAUUUCAGUACGUUAUAAUGAUAAAAAAAAAAAAAAAACGGUGUCUUUCCCAUGCUGUUUAAAUAGAACAAUGUCGAAUUUCGACGUUGACCUUUUAAAAUUAGACCCAAACGACAAUCUCCCGAGUUCUAUUUUUUUUUUUUUGGCACAAGUUUUUCAAACGACUGGCGAAAAGAGAACGUUUCGUCCCAACUUAGCACCUUGUCAAUAUAAUUAUAUAAGAAUAAGCUUACGAUAUAUAUGUUAACACAGAAAAGCUGUAUAUAUUUAAAUUAUACGAAGAAGGAAAUAGAAAAUCCACAAAUCGCGACGAUGUUGCUAGCAUUUGAGAAAUCAAACGAUUAUAUUGGAAACGUAUUUAUUGUAGUCAAUCACAUGAAAAAGAAAAUGAAAAAAAACGAAACUAACGCACAAUUCGCACGCGCUAAUCACCCAAUUAUAUAUUCUUCCAACGCAUCUACUUAAGCCUACAUAAAUUUACACAAAUGUAUGUGAUAAACGAAUACAUAGGUAUAUUAUUUGUUCGUAGUUAGGAACAUCGACUCGCUGAUAAUAGCCUUGAUUCCCUUAAAGUGUGGAUAGGUGUAUGAAAAAGUGACCGCGUAAUGUUUCAUGGCCAGCCGUAACGUUCUUGAAUCUGGAAUUGUGCGUGUUAUGUAAUUAUGCGAUUUAUUCGAUCCAUGAAGAACAUUAUUUCAUUCUUUGUUAUGGCCAAGGAGACACUUGAUUCAGUUUUAUUGUUGAAACCGUUGGGUCAAGGUUGGUCUAUAUAUGAUGUAACCAAUAUUUCAACGCCGUUACUCGUUCACCAAUUCAUCCUUACGGUCUAAUUUACAACUAACAGGUCUAACUUCAUUACGCUUUCACCCUUGGUGUGCAAUACACGAGUAAAAUGUAAAUUUUCACACCUUUCGUGUUAUAUCUACACUCAAAUAAUUGCUUCGAUUUACGAUUAGAUCAAGGCCUGUUUCACCGGAGCAAAAAUUGACACCGCCAUUGAGUGUUUAGUGAUUAUUUACAUUUUAUAGAACGGUUGCGAGAGAUAUUCAAGUUCAAAAAGAGAUGCCUGUAAUCCUAAAUUAGUUCUCAUAACUACCAAUGAUUAAAUUUACGAUUAUUAAUCUAGAAUUUUAUUUUAAUAUUAUUGAUUUCAACGUGAUUUCGAAGAUUACGAAAUGGUUUCGAAUGAUAUCGAAACCCCAAAUGCUUCGGUGAAACACACCUCAGAUUAGAUUCAACGAGUAAUAACUCAUCGGAAUUAGCUUGGUCAGAUGCAUGGGAUUAGACGUUAAUCGAAAAGUGAGUCGAAAAAUUUUCGUAAUCACCUGGGACGAAGUUGACUAGUGAGUCUUUUAAUUUCUUUGUUAUGAUUUGCACAGCUCGUGCGGGUAUUAAAUUUCUCAGGAAUGUUGAAUGUGCUCUUGAAUAAUUCAUUCAAGACCUCUGCCAGUAUUUUACAACCGUACGCAACUCGGCUCCAUACACGUAGACCGACUAUACGACAUACGUACCUUAUAUUAAACAGAAGCUGUACGUUCGAUACGCGUGCUACUUGACUCGUGGCCACGCAAACACGCAAAUGAUGCGUAUGAAGAUUAAUUUCCAACGUACUUGUGCGUACGCUGCAGCAUAUCAAAUAUUGUAUAAGCGUAAAGUGACAAGGCGUCACCAUAUGCGCAAAUCGACAGGUGACUUCAUCGAACAUGCUGCAGCAUACAUUGUCGGACACGAGGACAAUCUGAACAUUUUAUACCUACUAACAGUAAGUAGUGUAUGAGUCGGUCAGGUGUGCAAUUUUAGUGAUUCGCACGUGCAGAGGGUAAUAAUAAUCAUCCACAGUCACUGGUGAUCCGUUGUACCUGAAAAUCAAUGGUCGUUUGCGAAAUUUUUUAAUUUUUACUUAGACCUUCUGAUGUAGAUAUUACAAUUAAACAAUCACCAAUUA